AUGGACUUGGUGGCCACUGUAAUGUGUUCAUCUGGCAUUCUCAUAGCAUACUUUGCUGAUGCACAACUUCAUAACUUUGUAACAAGAAACAAAAACCUUAAACAUGUUGGAAAACCCUUAGUUCCUAUUCUAGACAAGGGCCUAUGGUAUUACUCAAGGCAUCCAAACUACUUUGGGGAACAACUAUGGUGGUGGGGCCUAGCUUUAUAUGCUUGGAGCAUAGGAUAUGGAUGGAGCUGCAUAGGGACAAUAGGUAAUACCAUGUGUUUGGUUUAUGUGACUAAGCUUGUGGAAGAUAGAAUGAUGAACCAAAAGUACAGAGCAGAGGCUUAUAGGAUGUAUCAGAAGACAACCUCAAUAUGGGUUCCUUGGUUUAAGGCUUCUGAUCCUUCAGGCGUAAAAAAUAAGAAUGCUUGA